CCGGCUACCGCAGCUCUUUCGGUCUUCUCUCAACGCACGUGUUCGUUAUUUAAUUUGAAAGGAAACAAAUCUUCACAAAGACAACUGUCAAAUGAACAACGUCACGGAAAUGAUAGAUCGAGAGGUAAUGCAGGUGAAUUAUUAGACGACAGUCCCUAGGAGAGACAACACAAGACACAAACUAAAGGGAUAUAAACAGGACUACGAAAAGUACUUUAAAGGGAGACAACUAGACAAUUACGGAAAAAUAAUAAGAAACACACGAAACAAAAACAAGGAACAAAAGCUGUCUCAUAAAUUCCAAAGAAUACAGAAAUGUCCCUACGUAUAUUCCUAGGAUUUUUAGUAUUUAUUCCAUUUUCUCAAGGACAAUGGCAAACCGGUGGUGGGACCGGUACAGCAGGAGGAGGUGGUGGAGGCGGGGGCCAGGACGUCCUUAACGGCCAAUCAGCGCCGGUUCAGAGGCCCAGCUUAAGACAACAGCAGCAACAACAACAAAUUCCUGGGUUCCCCCAACAGACAGGGGGGCUCCCCCAACAACUACAACAGGCAAGGGGGUUCCCACAACAACUACAACAGGCAGGGGGGUUCCCACAACAACUACCUGGUCUCCAAACACUACCCCAACAAAACAACUUUUUAGGAGGAGGAAACCCAUUCCAAAGACCACCAUUUUUCCCCCCACCUAGGGGACCAUUCCGCCCAUUCGGACAACCUGGACAGGUUCCAUUUUUACCAUUUAGAGGAGGCUUUCCUCCGUUUUCUCCCUUCCAAGGCAGACCCCCAUUCCUCCCUCCAUUUAAUGGAAGGCCAGGGUUUCCUGGAGCUUUUCCAGGACAACAAUUCCAGUUCGGACGACCACAACUUUUAAAUGGUGCUGGAGGAGGACAGGGAGCACAAGGACAAGAUGGGCAGGCGUUUAAUUCCAUAUCUCCGUUUUCACCCCCAAUAGGCACACAAGGACAGUUCCAAGGAAACGCUCAACAGCAAAGGAAUUUUCCUCAGUUUAAUCAAGGAAACCUUCCACAGUUUAACCAAGCUCAACAACAAGGAAACUUCGCUCCAUUUGGUCAAGCUCAACAACAAGGAAACUUUCCUCCCUUUGGUCAAGCUCAACAACAAGGAAACUUUCCUCCUUUUGGUCAAGCUCAACAACAAGGAAACUUUGCUCAGUUUAAUCCAGCUCAACAACAAGGAACUCCCCAGUUUAAUCAAGGUGCCCUUACAGGUCAAGGCCAAGGAGGAUCCGCUUUUGAUUCGGUUUCACCGUUUUCGUUUCCUACUGGAACAGGUACAACUGAUGGUUCACAGCUCCAAACAAACGCCUUUUUGCAACAAUUUCAACAACAGCAACAACAACAACAACAACAACAGCCCAACCAAUUUAAUCAAUUGCAAGGACGAGGAUUACCACAAGGAUUCAAUGGUAGUCCCUUUACAGAAGUAUUUGAUGGGUCAACAAACUUGGAUUCUCUAGGACAAAAUCAAAAUCAAGGUGCAUCGCUUCCUCCAUGGAUGCAAACAGGAAAUGGCCAGAAUACAGGUUUACCAGGAUUACCAACAAACCCAUUCAGUCAGACUCCUGGACAGCAAGGAAUGCAAGGAUUUGGUGGAUCCAACAAUCAAUUACCAUGGCUAACUUCUCAAACCCAACCUCAGAACUCUGGUGUUUCAGACAUUCUUCCUGGUCUUACUUUUCCCGAUAAUUCUGCUGGACAGACAACUGGUCAAGGUACCACCGGAACAACUGGCACAGGACUUCCCGAUUUCUCAUCCCUCCUUAAUACAGGAACAGGAACUGGGACUGACACACAAUCCUUUGAUUUCUCGUCCUUAUUUGGUAAUACAGGAAGUACAGGUGAAACACAAGGAACUCAAACACAAACACCUCAACUUCCGUCAAAUUUGCUUCAAGGACUUCAGGCCCUUCAAAAUGCUGGACCUGCUCCAGGAACUAAUCCUUUGGGUGGAAACCAAGGCGGUAAUCCAUUCAGUGGUCUAACAGGAACUCAAAAUAACAAUCCUUUGGGUGGAGCUCAGGGCACCAACCCCUUUGCAAAUCUUCCUGGUUUGAACCAAGGCAAUGCAGCUAACAGUAACAAUCCAUUUGCAGGUCUCCCAUCAACUGGAUCACAAGGUGCAAAUAACAAUCCAUUUGCAGGUCUUCCAUCAACUGGAUUACAAGGUGCAAAUCCAUUUGGUGGUUUGCCAAAUGGUUUUCCACCAACAGGAAAUGGUGGUAACAAUCCAUUUAGAGGUCUUCCUGGUUUGAAUUCAAAUGGUGCUCAAAACACAAAUCCAUUGGGAAAUCUUCCAGGAGGCUCCCAGUCACAAGGUACUAAUCCAUUAGGAAAUCUACCAUCUGGAAACAAUAAUAACCAGUUUGGUGGUUUGCAAGGAUUAUUUGGUAGACCUCAAGGGAAUAACCCAUUGGGUCCUCCAGGCGGUUCACAAUUACCUGGAAUGCAAGGCAAUAAUCCUUUCAGUGCCAAUCCGUUUGCCGGCCUUCCAAAUAUGAAUGGAAUGGGUGGACUUCCGGGAGGAAAUUUCACUGGACUGCCAGAUCCACUGGGAGGUCUUCCUCCUUUCUUGCCCCCUGGUUUCCCCCCGAUGGGAGGUCAGUUACCACCAAACUUUGGAGCCACACAAACGGGACAGAAUGGCGCUUCUACAGGUACGGGAAAUAACCAAGGAACCCCAAGUGUCUUUAAUCCCCCAGCGGGUUUGGACUUUUUACAAGGAUUGGGAACAGACGCUAACCCCUUCCCUGGUUCAUCAGGAGGUAGUGGAGCAACAUCAGGAACAAGUCCCCUUUCUGGACUCACAAGUCAAUCCAGUCCUUUCUCUGGACUCGGAAGUCAAUCCAGUGGUUUGAGCCCCUUCUCCUCCAGCGCAGGCUCACCCUCAUCAAAUCCCGCCUCUGGGGGUGGUAAUACCGAUCCUUUCUCAACCUUCACUUCAUUUCUUCAGAACAACCCCUCUAGUUCAGGGAUCCCAUCCUUUGGACAGUGAUCACCUAACGUUUUGAUCUCUCAAGCCUAACUUAAAUGGGAAUACAGUGUUUAAAACUAAUUAAAAACUCUUUCUUUCGUCUGUUAUUGUGGUUAUGGUCUGUGAAGAAUUCAAAUCAAACACUUCAACAUCUUAUUGAUUUUUCUGAUUUAACAACAAUUGAUGCAUGUUAUGAUACUAAUGUUUUAAUUAAAUAAAAUUUGUUUUCUAUUUUUA